GCGUCUGACAGCGCCCAAACUAAAUCCAACACAACAAGAAACGGUGAAAUCGCUUUGUUUUUGUGGGUCGGUCCCUGGGAGAAAGAAAACUUUCGAUAUCUAAGCGGUAAGCGUUUCAGUAAAUUGCUGUCAGGAAAUCUCUUCUUGACUCUAACGACAGAUUUUAGCUGAAGUGGUUUGUACGUAUGUUUGGUUUUAAAGGCAGCUAAAAUGGAGACACCAAUUUAUGUCAAUGGAGCCACUUCGACCAGCGGAAAGAGUGUUUCGUUGAAACGGGUGAUAAAUCACAAGAAAGAUCUUCAGAAGGAAAUUUCCGACUUGGAAAAACUUCAGAAGACCUUACUUCAACAACGAAAAGAUCUUGAAUACAUAAACGAAAAUAUUAAAGGCUGGGCUGAGAGCUUCGACACCAUUGAAAGAAAUACUCAAGGCGUUCCCUUCGUGAGAAAUGUCAAAGAAAUUUGCGCGUCGAUUGAAAACCUGUUGAAUGAUAUUCAUGGAGAUUUUUAUUUCAGAAUGCAGAAUUUGAUCACGGCAGAUGUGCCAUGUUUUCAGCAGGUUUAUGAAGCUUUAGAGCUGUUGAAAAAGCAAGUUUCGAAGAUCAUCAGGGAUGAUGCAGCCUACAAAGCGUCAUUUAUUGAAGAAAUUCGGCAAAUUCUUGGACGUCUUACAGGCAUCACUGACACUAUGUUAGAAAUUUAUUUUGAACAAUGAAUAUGAAAAAAAAUUACGACAAGAAUGUUUGACGUUUACUGAGGAAAGAAAAAUCAAUAUAAUUUAGAAGCUUCAAUUGCAGUUUCAUCAGACUUUAUUUUUGUAUGCAAAUGUUUUGGUCUUAGAAUUUGUUUUACAAACAGCUUUAUGCAGGAUGUACUUGUACAUGUGUUGUCAAGGUAUAAGACCAUUGAACGCCAGGUAAAUACAAAGAAGCUGUUACCGAUUUAUUCAAAUAAAAGAAAGAAAUCUUCGAAUGCACGGAAAGAAUGUGCUACACUUCAAGCCUGGAUGUCGUACACCUUGAAUGAAUAAAAAUAUCAGAUUCUGAAA